AUGGACUAUAAUUCUUAUCCCCCCAAUAUUACGUCUUCUCCCCGCCAGCCCGCUAAACAAUUCCCUGUUCCUGCAGCUCCUCAAACGUUUCGAGUGAAGGUUGGCAAAUCUCCAAGCGAAGCACUUGCACUGAAAAAUUUAGUAGUCGUCUCUCCUAAAGAUUUCAAUAUCCAAUCUGUUCGCUAUGUUAUUGUUGAAGAUCAAUUUGUUUUUACCAUAAAUUCAUAUGAAAAACAACCUCAAAAUGAAAUUGGAACUUCAAUGGCACAUCGACGUUGGGCCUCUCUUUCCAUAGGACAAGAGGUUUCUAUUGCACCAUAUUAUCCUAAUCUUGAGAGUCCCAAUUAUUAUUUAGGAAAAUUAGAUUUGGAAGUUGGUUUCUUGAGGAAAAAAACUAUAGAGAUCAAAGAAUCUUUUGAUACUGAAGAAAUGUCAAAAAUAUUUUACGAGGCCUUUAAUAAUCAAAUAUUUAGCGUUGAUCAGUAUAUGGUGUUUGAUUUUCACGGAAUAAAUCUUCAAAUUACUAUCAAAGGUCUGGAUGUAGUUGACACUGAAGAUUUACAGAAAGGAUUUACCGGAGAUAAACAUGCCGAUUCUCAGGGCCUGCGUACUGCUAAGCGUGGUAUUUUAAUGCAACAAACUGUAAUUCAUUGGACAAAGGCUUCUGAUUCGUCAAUAAGAUUAAAAGGUUCUUCCGCAAGGAUGAAUACUGCCAUUAUUCAACCCAACUUCAAAUUUGAAGAUAUGGGAAUAGUAGAAAAGAUUGGCAUUCAACAUGUAAAAGGUAUUCUUUUGUUUGGUCCACCCGGAACGGGUAAAACGUUGAUGGCACGACAAAUCGGAAAAAUGUUGAAUGCUCGUGAACCAAAGAUAGUCAACGGACCUGAAAUAUUAAAUAAAUAUGUGGGUCAAUCCGAAGAAAAUAUUCGCAAAUUAUUUGCAGAUGCUGAAAAGGAAUACAAAGCUAAAGCUGAUGAGUCGG